UGUCGCGUUUACUUGCCGAUGCGGUAGUACCAACAUGGCAGCUUUCUGAGUUUUGAAGGAGGGGAGCUGGUGUAAAUACAGAGAAAUUAGGCGUUUCUUGGAUUAGGACAGCGUCGGGGAGCCAGAGCUCGGGACUUUUUGGACUUUUGGCGGAAAAUGUCGAGCGACGGGAACAAGAAACAGUUCUGGAAACGAAACGCAGCCAAGGUUCCUGGGAGUAUUCAGCAUGUAUACGGCGCACAGCAUCCACCCUUCGACCCGCUUCUUCAUGCCAAUCUGAUCAAAGCGGGCAACAAACCCCCACCAGCCACACCAGGCAAGCCAAAGAAAGCCACCACCUUUCAGGAGUUCGAGAGCAUCACCAGUGACGCCUGGGAUGUUGGGGACGACGAUGACGAGCUGCUGGCCAUGGCUGCACAAAACCUUAAUAUCGAGGUUGUCAUGGAGACGGCAAAUAUGGUGAUUGAGAAUCACAGCAAGCAGCAGGAGAGACAGAGGCAAGAUGACUCAACAGAGUCGGGUCAGAGAGAGGAAGACGCGCAGGAGGAGGUGGUGGCAGAAGAGGAGGAAGAGGAAGAUGAGUAUCUCAGAGUGGAGGAAGUAGUCGCAAUCAGCCCAGAUGCGUCGUUUGCCUCUCAGAGCUGCCCUUAUACUGAUAGCCGUCUGGUGAAGUCCCACAGUGAAGCUCCAAUUGGGUCACCUAAAGAUGCAGCAGGCGAAUACGCCAGCCUCCACAGACAGAGGUCUCUGCCCCACCGGCCGCCCGUCAUCCCAUUAGUGGCUCGCAUGGCUGACCAGAACACAUCUGGCACCCCAGCCAUGACCGAGAGGGAAGCGUCCCGCCUAGAUAAGUUCAAACAGUUGGUGGCGGGGCCCAACACAGAUCUGGAAGAACUACGAAAACUCAGCUGGUCUGGAAUCCCACGCCAAGUUCGACCGAUAGCCUGGAAGCUUCUUUCUGGUUAUCUGCCAGCCAACGCAGAGCGGCGAGAAAGCAUUCUACAGAGGAAGAGGCAAGAAUAUUUUGGCUUCAUCCAGCAAUACUACGACUCACGCAAUGAUGAGCACCAUCAAGACACAUAUAGACAGAUUCACAUUGACAUACCGAGAACUAAUCCUCUUAUUCCUCUUUUUCAACAAGCUUCUGUCCAAGAGAUAUUUGAGCGGAUUUUGUUUAUCUGGGCCAUUCGGCAUCCAGCCAGCGGCUACGUGCAAGGCAUCAAUGACUUGGUCACGCCGUUCUUCGUCGUCUUCGUCUUUGAGUACAUCGAGGAGGAAGUGGAAAACUUUGACGUGUCCAGUCUCCAGGAAGAAGCGCUGAGGAACAUUGAGGCUGACAGCUUCUGGUGCAUGAGCAAACUGCUGGACGGCAUCCAGGACAACUAUACGUUUGCUCAGCCAGGCAUUCAGAGGAAAGUCAAGGCCCUGGAGGAGCUGGUCAGCAGGAUUGAUGAGUCUGUGCACCGCCACAUGCAGCAGUACGAGGUGGAGUACCUGCAGUUUGCCUUCCGCUGGAUGAACAACCUCCUGAUGAGGGAGCUGCCGCUACGGUGCACGAUCAGACUGUGGGACACGUAUCAGGCUGAGCCAGAAGGCUUCUCUCACUUCCACCUGUACGUGUGUGCUGCCUUCUUGGUGAGGUGGAGGAAAGAGAUUCUGGACGAACGGGACUUUCAGGGCCUGAUGAUCCUGUUACAGAACCUCCCCACGAUGCACUGGGGCAACGAGGAAGUGAGCGUGCUGCUGGCCGAAGCCUACAGGUUGAAGUUUGCCUUCGCCGAUGCGCCCAACCACUACAAGAGAUGAGAGUGGCUCCUGCUCCUGCUCUUCCUCCUCCUUCGUCUCUUGUCCUACAGUCGCCUGCUGGACUUACAGGCUUCUACGCCGAGCGCCCUCAUCUUUACCUGACGCCUUUUUUUGCUGGUUUUCCAGUGGGCCUUUCAGCUACUAAGAGAUUCGAAUAAAUCAGUGACUGAGGAAUUGUGUUGUAGCAUUCUGACAUGAUGAUAUGGAGCCCUUUCUUUUUAAAGCAUCUCUAUGACCAGCACUGAAAUGUGCACUUUCACAGCCUGAUGCAGAAACAGAUGAUUAACAGUGAUGAUUGCAGUUUUUUUUGUUGAACAACCCCACAGCUUGAUGCAGGAUCAUGAACAGUUUCCCAGCAUCGCCUGAGGUUAUGUCUGCGUUAUUUUACACUACCAUAGCAAUAUAGUUUUUUUGUUCCCCCAGAGCAGAAGAGCAUUUUUUUCGAUGAUUUACAAAUGUGUGGCUGCACAACGUGAUGUCUGCAGUGUUUGGCUCAUGAGGGGAACUGAUUCAGUUGGUUUUCCAGGAUCUGACAGCAGAGAUCGGGUUCAGAGAAAUUCCACGCUCAACAAAUCGCUCGCGUCAUCCCACACUUACUGCAACACACCGCAGCGUUAGAGUGGGAGGUAAACAGUGGCGGGAGGCUACAGGUCAGGACAGGCAUUCAGGGUGUCGGUGAGCCAUCAGGAUGGAUGGCUUCUUCCCACUUCUUAGGGUUUUUCUUAAAUCGCCUGUUCAUGAAGGGCUAUGUCUUUAUCAAUAAUUCCUCCUCUCUGAUCAUACUGUAGGACUACCUCAGAUUUCUUUCAAACUUUAAAAAUCAAAAUUUCUAAUUUCAUGAAGAUAGAAAAAUAUAUUUUUGUUUUCUCUCAUCUUUCUGUUCCACAUUGUUUUUAAGGUUUCUCAUGAAGCUUCACAAUUUUACUUCCAUUCUAAGAAACUAGGAUUAGAUUCAUUGGAUGCUGCGCUGGUUCUAAACAAAACAAUGCCUGAACUGAGCUUAACCUCAACAAGUUAUCCUUCUGAGCCGUCUCAGUCUACAUCUGUACAUUAGAUAUAGUUUCAGAGGCACAAGCACCGUCCAUCUUUAACAGAGUCUCUUACGUUUUAAAUGCUGAAACCACAUAAGGUUGGGUUUAAAACAGGUGAAAUUUUUUAGUAAGGUAAUUGCUUCUAUUUUUGUACUAAAACUGAAGUGUAAAUAUCCCUCGUCAAAUCAGGAUAUUUGUAAUGAUGGAAAAUUAGUAAAAUCCUAUUGAUAGAUCUGUACUUAACGGGGUUACCACAGCAUUCCUACCCAUUCACGUUCCCAUGAGUUCUCCAUUCUUUUUAAUCCCAUUUUAAAAUUAUUAUGCAGUCGUUUACUAUGAAUUUAUGGCUGAACCUUCUACAGAGGUCAGGCUUCAGAUGUAAAAACGGCAAAAAACAACUGAAAGGAAAGAAGAAAGCUUGGAUGUAUGGGCAGGUGGUGGGAUGGACUAAUAGGUGGAUCCUAGAUAGAUAACUGAACGGAUGGUUAGUGAGCUGCUUGGAUGUUAGGAUGGACAACUGGUGGAAUGUACAGAUGGAUUUAUGGAUACUUGGUGGGAUAAGCGGACCAGACUGAUGCUGGGAUGGACUUAUGGAUGGGUGGACAAAAGAUAUGGAGAGAUGAAAACAAGGAGAUAGAUGGAUUCAACUUUCAGAUAAUAAACCUCUUAGACAAUCUCUUUCCAGACCUGGAAAACACUUAAAUCAACUCCAGGUUUUUCCUGACUGUUAACAGAACUAUUACUCCGAACACCCUUUCAUUUAAACCCAUUUGGAUCUUGCAGUACGUACAUAGUAGUAACAUUUUCACUGCCUACAUUGGUCAGUGCUAAUUUUCCAUCCUCACUGCACACAUUGCUUGGCUCAUACGUGUCAGCGGCGCUACAUUAGUGCAGGGACGCGGCGGUGGUCUGAUAAUCAGACAUUCAUGACAUAACUCAAAAAGCAGUUAACAUUUGCAGCCUCCUGUAGCGCCUCCGCCAGGAUCCAUUAUUGUCACUGUGUGCCAGCAGAGGCGGCGAGCGUAGGUGUGUGAAGGGGAGACGAAGGGAGGUAGAGAGAGAGAGAGGGAGGGUGUUGUGUUCCUUUGGAAGUUUCUCGCUUUUUUCUGAGAGCUGUCAGUCUUUGAUCACACACUGGGACUUUUUUUUUUUUUUUUUUUUCUACACAAUUUGAACCAGUUUCAAAAGCCCCUUAUCUCCUGUGCUGUGUGACAAGAAAAACAGCACUCAAUUUAAAAAGUCCACAUCCUUUUUUUUUUCCUGCUCCUGCUUCUUUUCUUUGAGAUGUAUAUCCAAUUCUUUCAAUCAGCACUUUAAAGAUCCAUCCAUGAAGUUUGAUUUUUUUCUCUUUUUUUUUUUUAAGCUGCUUAUGUUUACUUUAAGUUGUGCCCAACUCUGACCGAGAAACCAUCCAGAUUAACACAGAUGUCCCCCAGAGGUUUUGUGUUUCUUAUUAGUUGACCGAUAAACUAAUUGUUAUUCAUCAUUCUGCAUCUUCUCUGGCCAUUUCUAACUUGACAUUUGUUGACUAAAGCUACCCUGUCCCUCCACAGGCCUGUCGAGCUAUGAUGCUGAACCUGUUUUCAUGCAAUAUUUGGGGAGUUUGGAGUGCCAAAAAGGUGCAACGGUGUUAUCAUCUCCUAAAACAUUAGGUACAUGAAUUAGUUGGUGUGUUUUACUCAACUUUAUGAGUUGGUGCCAAAAAAAACAAACAACUGUGCUAGAUGUCUUUUGGGGGGAUUUGACUGCUGCAGCGCUGGGCAGAUGAGACGUUAAUUUUUACUAAAACAUUUUAGCUAUACAGUAAAAAAAACA